AUGAAGCAGCUCGUCUCCCAAGAUGCGCCCAAAAAGAUCAAGCACAUCCAGUUCGGUGUGCUCUCCAAACAGGACAUCGUCAACAUGUCAGAGAUCGAGGUCACCACCAGGGAUCUCUACACCAUCGGCGAGGCCGAGCGCAGACCGGUAGCGAACGGCACCCUCGACAGGCGUCUCGGCGUAUCAGAUAAGAGCUCGCUUUGCGAAACCUGCCACCUCAAGAUGGCUGACUGCGUCGGCCACUACGGCUACAUCAAGCUCGUCCUGCCCGUAUUCCACAUCGGCUUCUUCAAGCACACCGUCGCCAUCCUACAGAGCAUCUGCAAAAACUGCGCAACCGUCCUCCUCGAAGAGCCCGACCGCAGAAAGUUCCUCAAACGCUUCCGCCGACCCAACCUGGAAAACCUCGACCGCACACGAACCUUCAAGGCGGUCAACACCAUCGCACGCAAGGUCCUCUACUGCCCAAAGUGCGGCUAUACCAACGGCACCGUCAAGAAGCAGGGCCAGCUCAAGAUCGUCCACGAAAAGUUCAGAGCAAAGAAGACCGCCGCAGAACACGAAGAGUUCAGAGCAUCCUUCGCCACCAACAUCAAGAUGGGCAACGGCGACAUCACCCCCCAUCUCAACAAGGCGCAGGAAGACCUCAACCCGCUCAAGGCGCUCGACCUUUUCAAGCGCAUCUCGGACGAGGAUUGCGAGCUCCUCGGUUUGCGGCCCGAGUUCGGUCGCCCGGAAGAGUACAUCUGGCAGUACAUCUGCGUUCCACCCGUCUGCAUCCGUCCCUCGGUCGCACAGGAUGGCGCCACCAACGAGGACGACGUCACCAUCAAGCUCACAGAGAUCAUCUUCACCAACAGUCUCCUCAAGCUCGGCCUGGUCAAGGGCGGCAAGGGCACCACCACCAGCCAGCUCGUCCAGCAGUGGGAGUUCCUCCAGCUCACCGUCGCCCUCUACAUCAACUCCGAGCUGCCAGGCGUCCCUACACAGCCGGGUCAGAAGCCCAGUCGCGGCUUCUGCCAGCGACUCAAGGGCAAGCAGGGUCGAUUCCGCGGCAACCUGUCCGGCAAGCGUGUCGACUUCUCCGGUCGAACCGUCAUCGGACCCGACCCCAACCUCAAGAUCGACGAGGUCGCCGUUCCCCAGAGGGUCGCCAAAAUCCUCACCUACCCGGAGCGCGUCUUCGAGCACAACAUCGAGCAGCUUCGUCAGGCCGUCCGUAACGGCACCGACGUCCAUCCGGGCGCCAACUACCUCAUGGACGGCAAGACCGGCUUCAAGCGCUUCCUCAAAUUCCCAGGCAUGCGCGAGGAACUCGCACAGAAGCUCCGCGUCGGCGAUGUCGUCGAGCGCCACAUCCGCGACGGCGAUAUCGUUCUCUUCAACCGACAGCCCUCGCUUCACAAGCUCUCAAUCAUGUCGCAUCGCGUCAAGGUCCGACCCUGGCGUACCUUCCGUCUCAACGAAUGCGCCUGCAACCCAUACAACGCCGACUUUGACGGAGACGAGAUGAACAUGCACGUUCCUCAGACCGAAGAAGCCAGGACGGAAGCCACCAUCCUCAUGGGUGUCAAGCACAACCUCGUCACGCCUAGAAACGGUGAACCGAUCGUCGCCGCCAUUCAGGAUUUCAUCACAGCCUCUUACCUCAUCUCCAAGCGCGAUCGCUUCUUCGACCGAGCACAGUUCUCCCAGAUCUGCAGCUACUUUGCCGAUGCGAAUCUGCACAUCGACAUCCCACCACCCGCCAUCAUGAAGCCCGUCCGCCUCUGGACGGGCAAGCAAGUCAUGUCCUGCCUCAUCCGUCCCAACAGCAAGAGCCCGCACAUCGUCAACCUCGAGGCGCAGUGCCGUACCUUCGAAAAGCCCACUGGUGGCCAUCCCAAGGACAUGUCGCCCAACGACGGCUGGCUCGUCAUUGUCAACUCCGAGGUCAUGUGCGGUGUCUUUGACAAGUCCACCGUCGGUGACGGAAAGAAGAACUCCGUUUUCGGCGUGAUGCUCCGCGACUACGGGCCCGACGCGGCCAUCACUGCCAUGAACCGCCUCGCAAAGACGUGCGCCCGCUGGCUCGCCAACCAGGGCUUCUCGCUCGGCAUCAACGACGUAAUCCCCGGCCCGAACCUGCGCAAAAACAAGGACGCCAAGGUCGAGGCAGCCUACGCCGAGUGUUUGGACCUCAUUGAGAAGGCCAAGCGUGGCAAGCUUGAGAAUCUGCCAGGAUGCGAUCAAGAGCAGACGCUCGAAAACAUGAUCUCCGGUGUGCUCUCCGGGGUCCGAAGCGACGUCGGUGAGAUCUGCAUGACAGAGCUCAGCCGGCACAACGCGCCGCUCGUUAUGGCCUUCUGCGGUUCCAAGGGUAGUAAGAUCAACGUCGCGCAGAUGGUCGCCUGUGUAGGCCAGCAGAUUAUCGCUGGUUCCCGCGUGCCCAACGGUUUCCAAGAUCGAUCGCUUCCACAUUUCCCCAAGAAGUCCAAGGAUCCGCUUUCCAAGGGCUUCGUGCGCAACUCGUUCUUCAGCGGUUUGACGCCCACCGAAUUCUUAUUCCACGGUAUCUCGGGACGAGAAGGUCUCGUCGAUACUGCAGUCAAGACGGCCGAGACCGGUUACAUGCAGCGUCGACUGAUGAAGGCGUUGGAGGACCUCUCGACCCAUUACGAUCUGAGUGUGCGCAACUCGGUCGGCGGUGUGGUGCAGUUCAUCUACGGAGACGACGGCCUGGAUCCUGCGGAGCUCGAGGGCAACGCCAUGCCCAUCGAGCCCUUCCGCCUCUGGCGUCACUGCAUCGCCAUCACACGGCACCUGCCUGGGCGCGGACUAUUCCCUUACGAGAUCAUGGAGAUCGUCAAGCGCGAGCUCACCAGCCCCAAGUUCGUCAACACGUGCACCCAGAAGUACCGCGACUCUGUGCACGAGUUCCUGCACGAGAACGUGUUCAAGCGCGCCGUCGCCACGCGCGAGGCGUUUGGCAUGUACGGUGCCGAGGAGCGCGAGGAGCACUGGGACGAGCAUACGGAUCUGUCCCUCGGCGCCAACCGCGACCAGUGGGCGAUCGUCGACAACAAGACCAAGGUCAAGGAGGCGGCCGUUCUCGCAUUCCUCCAGCAGUGCUACAUCAAGUACAUGAGGGCCAAGAUCGAGCCUGGCUCGGCUGUGGGUGCCGUGGGUGCCCAAUCGAUCGGCGAGCCAGGCACGCAGAUGACGCUCAAGACGUUCCACUUUGCUGGUGUCGCGUCGAUGAACGUCACGCUGGGUGUUCCGCGUAUCAAGGAGAUCAUCAACGCCGCCAAGGUGAUCAACACGCCCAUCAUCGAGGCUAAGCUGGUUUCGGAAAAGUCGGAGCGCGCGGCACGCAUCGUAAAGGGACGAAUCGAGAAGACGUACCUUGGCGACAUCGCGUCGGUGAUCGAAGAGGCGUGGGCGGCGCAGUACACCUACCUUGGUGUACACAUUGACAUGGACGCGAUCCAGAAGCUGCAGCUCGAGAUCACGCUCAACGACAUUAAGUGGGCGAUUGUCAACGCGCCCAAGCUCAAGAUCAAGGAGGAGCGUGUGAUGGUGGUGCCCAAGAAGAACCGCAUCCGCAUCUACGUGCCGCCCGAGGGCGUGGACAAGGAGAGCGAGGUGUACUACAACCUCAAGGCGCUCAAGCGUGCGCUGCCAUCGAUCGUCGUCAAGGGCAUCCCGCAGGCGACGCGUGCGGUGAUCUCGGACGAGAAGGGCACGCGCAAGUUGCUGGUAGAAGGCUACGGCCUGCUCAAGGUCAUGACGACGGAAGGUGUGAUCGGCACGCAGACGCACACGAACCACGUGAUGGAGAUGCAGUCGGUGCUGGGUAUCGAGGCGGCUCGCACGUCGGUGUAUCGCGAGAUCGAGACGACCAUGUCGGCGCACGGCAUGAGCAUCGACCCGCGACACAUUAUGCUGCUCGCCGACACGAUGACGUACAAGGGCGAGGUGCUGGGCAUCACGCGAUUCGGCGUGGCCAAGAUGAAGGACAGCGUGCUCAUGCUCGCCAGUUUCGAAAAGACGACCGACCACCUGUUCGACGCGGCGCUCUUCGGCAAGAAGGACGAGGUGCUCGGCGUGAGUGAGAGCAUCAUCAUGGGCAAUCCUGCGCAGACGAUCGGCACGGGCAUGCCGGCUCUGGUGGUGCCGGCGCCAAAACUGCCGCCGCGUCAAACGCCAAGAUUUAAGCCGGUCAAGCUUGGCUGGUUGGGAUUUGCUGCGAUGACAGCUACACGCGCCUAUUCGCGGCUGGUACGCUUUGUACCCGCCGACACGCAGUCCAACAGCACUACGCCUCUCAUCGGCGAGCCUGUGGAUGCAGGGCUUGACGUUGGGCAAGCGACGUACUCCUCGCAGCCUGUUCGGGUGCACGUGUACUCGGGCACUUCGAUCCUGCAUCCAGGCCAGCGUACGGGCGAAGAGGUGACCGUCGGUCGUCUUUUGUCCCCUCUCGCUGCGAGCGAAGUAGGCAUGAUCCGAUGUAUCGGAUUGAACUACAUCUCGCACGCCAAGGAGGUUGGGCUGGACAUUCCGACUGUCCCCACGCUUUUCACCAAGCCGGACACAGCUCUGGCGGGACCGUGGCCGCAAAAAACGGUGAUCCCUAAGAGCUUUGUGCAGGACGAUGCGGCGGAUUACGAAGCAGAGGUGGUGCUCGUCAUCGGCAAAGACUGCAAGAACGUCUCCGAGCAAGAUGCCAUGGACUAUUUGCUUGGGAUCACGGCGGCGAACGAUGUCUCGUCGCGCAAGGCGCAGUUUUCACAGUCGCAGUGGAGCUACUCCAAGGGCUUUGAUGGCGCAUGCCCCAUCGGCCCAGCUUUCGUCCACAAAGACGCCAUCGCCAACAUGACGGAGGUGAAAAUUUCAGCAAGCCUAGAUGGCAAAGUCGUACAGAAGAGCGACCUCAGCGAUCUGAUCUUUUCCAUCCCAAAGAUCAUCUCGUUCCUGUCGCAGGGCACCACGCUUCGCGCCGGAACGAUCAUUCUCACCGGGACGCCGGCGGGAAUCGGCUGGACCAGUCAGCCCAAACGCACGCUGCAGCACGGCAGCACCUUCGCAGUCACCAUCUCGCACGGUGUCGGCACUUUGAUCAACCAAAUCGAGCACGAAACCUAA